AUGACUGAUAUCGACAACAUUCAAGAGGUAGGGUACGCGUUCCUCAAAACUUAUUACCAGAGGAUGCAUCAAGAUCCUUUCAAAGUCCAUCAUUUGUAUUCCACUACUGCAGAGCUCACUCAUGUCAAUUACCAGAUGGAUUUUGACUAUACAGCUGACACUCUACCUACGACUAAGCUAACAGGAAAGGAAAACAUAAGCAAAUUCUACACGCGGCAUAGCAAGAAAGUCAAGUCAAUACAAAUCAAAAUAGAUGCUUGUGACUUUCAGUUUACUGGUUCCAACAACUCGAGUAUACUCAUCUUGGCGCUAGGAGAGCUAUGCUGGGCUAACACCCCUUCGUACCGCUUCUGUCAAAAUUUUGUGUUGGCACCGGUGCCCAGCAAUCCUAAAAUUUAUGAUGUGACUAAUGAUGUUCUUCGUUUCAUUCCUUACUUUCCCACGUUAAUAAGGGAUGGCAAGACGUCUUCGAGUAAUCCAGGUGCUGUAAAGGAUGUUCGAAAAGAUGACUAUUUGAAGGAACCAUUCUGUCAGCACAUUGACUCAGAACAAAACAUUGCGCAGAAAAGGGAAGAUAACAUGAACAAUGAGAACAAUAGAGAAAUUGCAGAACAGCAACAUUUUACCGAUAAACCUAAGCUUGCGGAGCAUGAGCAGAAACAUGAUACCGAGAAACCUUUUCAAGCAAAUGACAUGGGUAUUGUUCAGGAGGCAGAGGCCGGAGAUAUUCAAAAAGCCGAGGACUUUGACGGUUCUGAGGAGAGCCCGGUGGCCUUAGAAAGCAACAUUAUUGAUGAAGGGGUGUUGCCAGAGAAGACAAAUGCCAGAUCAGAUCUUAAAAAGGAAGCAUAUACGGCUGAGGAUGCACCUGUUCCCUCUAGUGCCCAAUUCCCCUCCGAACUGAACCAUAACGAGACCACGAAAGUAAAAAGCCCUGAGGCUGAUAAACCUGCACUCGAGCCUGCGAAAAAAAUGAACUGGGCCUCUAAGUUGGCCGCCUCGGAAUCCAAAGACGUUCCUAAUGCCACUACUAAAUAUAUUCGUGCUGAGUUAGCACCAGUUCAACCAAAGAAAGCACCUGAGAGGAAGUCAGUAUCGCCAAGUGGGCAGCUAAAAGACGUUAAGAAUUACAAGAAAAAACAGUUUUAUUACGUGAACAAAGAUGGUUUUUAUCCAGUUUACGUGAGAGGGACGGGAGGCGUUUCAGACGAGCAGCUGGUGAGAGCUCUUGAAAGCGAGUUUGGUACUGUGAGAAAAAUCUCCUCUCAGGAGACAUUUGCAGUGAUAGAUUUUGAAGACCAGCGCUGUCAGACGGAAGCUAUAGAAAGAGGCGUUUUAAGGAUCAACAAUGUUGAAGUUCAUAUGGAACCCAAGACGGUAAGAAAAGCCAACGCGUCAACGUCGAGUACCUCUCCUUCGGGGCAAAGAUUUAGCAAGAAGCAUACUAGCAAGCGCAAGGCCUAA